AUGUCUCUCUUGGCUAUUACCCUGUGGCUUUUAUUUUUCUUUUCAUCUUCUGUGCUUCAUUCAGGAGCACAGAGCUCUAGCCGUGGCUCCUUAGGUGAUGGCAUAUGUGCCUCUUCUGUUGUUGUUCAUGGUUACAAGUGCCAAGAACUCCAAGUUACAACUGCAGAUGGGUACAUUCUUAGCGUCCAAAGAAUCCCAGAAGGUAGAAGUGGCAAUGGGAAUAAUAAUAAUAAGAAGCAGCCAGUGAUAAUUCAGCAUGGAAUAUUAGUGGACGGAAUGACAUGGCUUUUGAACGGUCCAGAACAAAACCUGCCAUUGAUAUUAGCUGAUAACGGCUUCGAUGUUUGGAUUUCUAACACCAGAGGCACCAGAUUCAGCCGCCGCCAUAUCUCAUUGGACCCUUCUACUCCGGCGUACUGGAAUUGGUCGUGGGAUGAACUGGGUAGCUAUGAUCUACGUGCUGUUGUGGAGUAUGUGUCCAACCAUACAGGACAAAAGAUUCAUUAUAUCGGCCAUUCACAGGGAACAUUGAUAGCUUUGACUUCCUUCUCGGAAGGGAAAUUGGUGAAUAAACUAAAAUCAGCGGCAUUAUUGAGCCCCAUAGCCUAUUUGAGUCAUAUGACCACUGAACUAUUAAAUGUUGCAGAUAGGUUAUUUCUUGAUCAGCUCAUAAAAACAUUGGGGAUAGCGGAAUUCAGUACAAGAGGGAUACCUUUUCAAUCCUUUCUCAAGCAACUUUGCGCUCAGCCUGGAGUUGAUUGUUCCGACUUGUUCACUGCUAUAACCGGUAAUAAUUGUUGCCUCAAUUCUUCAGCUGUUAGUCUAUUCUUGAAGAAUGAACCUCAGUCAACAUCAACAAAGAAUUUGAUACACUUCGCCCAGAUUGUUAGAAGUGGGGUUGUGGCAAAGUUUAAUUAUGGGAGACGAGACCAAAAUAUUAGGAUCUAUGGAAAAACAUCCCCUCCAAUUUACAACCUAUCUAAUAUCCCUCAUGACCUACCUCUAUUUCUCAGCUAUGGUGGUCGAGAUGCUCUUUCUGAUGUUGUUGAUGUGAAAACUUUACUUGAUUCCCUAAAGUCUCAUGAUGUUAAUAAGCUUAGUGUUCAGUUCAUCAAGGACUAUGCUCAUGUUGAUUUCAUUAUGGGGGUCAAUGCCAAAGACAUAGUGUACAAUGCUGUCAUUUCAUUUUUCAACAGAUUUAAUUAA